CUAUAUUCGGGUUUCCCUGAUUAUCUCUAAUUAUCUAAUGAAUAAAUGUGAUUACAACCGUGUGAGGUCGAGGACCAUGCCUUGCAUUUGGUGGUAGCGUUCAAGUUUAACCCACAGAGAAAACCUUGACAGGAGGGGCCUUUAAGAACCUCUUUCUCCAACGUUAUGAAAAUACCGAAACGCCACAACAGUCACUUCUAAGAGAGAACGUGAAGGUUUAUGGGAAAUGCAGUCUUGCUUGUUCUAACUCACCGCGCAGCACGCUGGGAACGGAAUUCUGGGCUCCUUCUGAGCAUGUGGAGCCGUAGCCCUGCUUCCUCAGUCCGGACUCAGUUCUUUUUUUUCUCCGCGCUCAUCCGUGUCUACUCUGAAGUACAGGAUUCGCACUUGUCAGGUUCAGAGCAAGAGGCAGAAGAGCCAAGAAAGGAGCAGGUCCUAGAUUCCCUGACCAGAAGCAGUUCUUGAUCUCCCUGCCCAGAAUGAGCCAGACUUGGUGAUGUCGCCACCACAGACUGUGUGGCAGUGGAGGAUUUGGGCCAGCUUUGAGAUGAAUGAGAUCCCCGAAUGAUGGUUCAUGAAGGGUUCCAAGGUCAUCUACUUCUGACUCAUUUAAAAGCUUUAAAGAAAUGGGACCUGAGAGUGUCAGUGAAUUGUCCACGGCCACCUAGUCUGUGACAGCCAGGAGUCACAGCUGGAUGUUCAGUUUUCUACACUCACCCAAGAGCCACAGAAAAUGAGCACCUCUCAGGCAUCAGUGUCAUUCAAGGACGUGGCUGUGGAGCUGACCCAGGAGGAGUGGCAGCACAUGGGCCCCGCUCAGAGGACCCUGUACAGAGACGUGAUGCUGGAGAACUACAGCCACCUCGUCUCAGUGGGGUAUUGCUUUACAAAACCAGAAGUGAUUUUCAAGCUGGAACAAGGAAGAGAUCCUUUCUUAUCAGAUGAAGAAUUUUUAAACAGGAGCUAUGCAGAGUACCAACUUGAUGACUGCUUAGAGAAGAACCUGGGAAACCAAGACAAGCGUUUGUGCCGAGUCUUAUUCACCACUGACAAAACGCUGACAAGCAAGCAAGAGAAAUUGGCAGGAAAGGCAUGUAAAGAGGGCAUAGACUUAUUUGCUUCAAGAAAAAUGCUCUGUACUGAUGACACUACAGGACCUGCUUACUUGGGUCUCAUACCAUUGGCCCCACAUUGUAAUUAUUCAAGAAAGAAUGAUGAUGAGUUUAAUGUGUGUGAGAAAUGGCUCCUCAGAAUUUGGAAUGAGAGAUCAAAUACUGUAGAGGAAUCUUUGGCUUAUUAUCAAAAUGUGAAAGCCCUCAGUCAGGAGAAGAAACAUAUUCAGCAUCAGACAAUUCAGACUCUUGGGCAGACUUUUGGAUAUAAUGAACACGGAAAAGUUUUCCUUGAGAAGGCUGCCCUCAUUACACCAAUUACACCAAAACUAAAGUCUUAUAAUAAAUUUGGUAAAAACCUAUUUGAUAAGUCAACCCUUGCUGUCUCUUGGAGCAUUCCCACAGAAGAGAAGAAUCACUAUGAAUUUAAUAAAGAUGGAUGUAGUCAAUGUGGGAAUAAUUUCCAUCAGAUUGCUCAACUUCAGAGAACUGACAGUGGAGGGAAAACGUCCAUCAAAAAAUCAUACCUCCAAGAACAUCAGAGAACACACACAGCAGAGAAAUUUUGUGACUAUAACAAAUGCAAUAAGGAAGACUUUAACUGCCAGUUACCUUUAAAUGUGUGUCAGAGAACUCAUAUGAGGGGAAAACCCUUAUCUAGGAAGUCAACCCUCAUUUUACAUAAGAAAGUUCACACAGUGGACAAAUGUUACGAAUGUAAUGAAUAUGUGACUACUUUUAGCAAGAAGUCAGGACUAAGGAAAUAUCAGAGCAUGCACUCAGAGGAGAGAUCCUUUGAAUGUAAUGAAUGUGGAAAAUCUUUCAAGCUGAAGUCUUACCUAAGCAAACAUCAGAUCACUCACACCAGCGAGAGGCCCUAUAAAUGUGAACAGUGUGGGAAAUCUUUCAUCCGAAAGUCACACUUCAGUGAACAUCAGAGGAUUCACACGGGGGAAAAACCAUAUGAAUGUAAUGAAUGUAGGAAAUGUUUCAGAUGUAAGUCACUCCUUAGAGAACAUCAGAGAAUUCACACAGGGGAAAAACCUUAUGAAUGUAAUGAAUGUAAGAAAUGUUUCAGGUGUAAGUCGCUCCUUAGAGAACAUCAGACGACUCACACAAGUGAGAGACCAUAUAUAUGUGAAAAAUGUGGGAAAUCUUUCAAGCUGAAGUCAAUCCUUAGACUACAUCAGAGAACCCACACAGGAGAGAAACCCUAUAAAUGUGAAGAAUGUGGGAAAUGGUUUGGCUCUAAGUCAGCUCUAAGAGGACAUCAGAGAAUUCACACAGGAGAGAGACCUUAUAAAUGUGAUGAAUGUGGGAAAUGUUUCAAGCUGAAGUCAUAUUUGGGUGAACAUAAGAAAACCCACCGAGGGGAAACACCUAAUGAAUGUAAUGUAUGUAGGAAAAGUUUCAGGUAUAAGUCAAUCUUAAUAAAACAUCAAAGAACUCACACAGGGGAGAGACCGUAUAAAUGUGAUGAGUGUAGGAAAGGUUUCAAGUAUAAUUCACACCUACGACUACAUAAGAGAAUUCAUAUGGCAGAGAGACCAUACAAAUGUGAAGAAUGUGGAAAAUCUUUUAGGUGGAAGUCUUGCCUUACCCUACACCAGAGAACUCACACCAGACAGAAACCCUUUGAAUGUAAAGAAUGUGGGAGAACCUUAAGCUGUAAGUCAGCCCUCACCCAACAUCAGAGAAUACACACAGGGGAGAAACCUUACGAAUGUAAUGAAUGUGGGAAAGCUUUCCGCUGUAAAUCAGACCUGAGAUUACAUCAGAUAACACACACAGGUGAGAAACCCUAUGAAUGUAAUCAGUGUGGGAAAGCCUUCUACCGAAAUUCUUACCUUAAAGCUCAUCAAAGAAAUCACAGGGAGAGACCGUAUGAAUGUGAUGAAUGUGGGAAAGUUUUCAGCUGGAAGUCAGACUUCAGAGAACAUCAGAAAACACAUGCAAAGCAAAAACCUUAUGAAGUAAGCAACGUGGAAAAUAUUUCAGGUGUAAGUGAGCCCUAAUUCUAAUUGCACUCACACAAGUGAGAAAUCCUUUAAAUGUAGGGAAUUAGGAAAACUUUUAGCAAGAAAUCAGUACUAAGACAAUCUCACAGAACUCAUGCAUGAGAGAAACUCUAUGAAUGUAAUGAAUUAGUAUUAGACAACAUUCUACUGGAAAUCAGACUUCACAGUUUUUCAGCCAGAAUUCAGGUCUCAUUGGAUAUCAGACCAUUCAUCCAGGAAAAAAACCUUAGGAAGGUAAUGAAUAUUGGGAAUAUUCUGUAUGAACUCAACCCUCGGUAAACUCACAAUAUGGAGAACCCCUCAGAAAAUAUUACAAAUGUGAAAACUUUCUGCCAGAAAUCAAACUUCAUUGAGCAUUAGAGGAGUCACAGUAAGGAAACUUAGACUUUAAUAUAUGAUAACCCUUAGCCAAAAGCCAACUUUCUCAAUGCAGCAGAAAAUACAAAAAAGGGAGAGAAAUUUAAUAGUAUAUCAACACACACACACGAAGAAACCCUAGAAAUGUAAGGGAUAUGGGAAAUCCACUAGAAGUCAACCCUCGACUUGUGCAUUGGUGAUUCCCAUGUGACACCUACUGAUUAAUUUGAUACCAAUAACUAUUUCCUCUUCUCCCUAAGCUAACAGUUUUUCUAAAUUUCCCAAACAUUCUUUCAUCCAAGAGAUGUCACUAACAUCUGGCUAGUGGAAUGUGUAGUCGCUGAUAGGUCCUGUAAGCAAAAUCCUGCAUGUUCUCUGCUCUUCCUCAUCAAAAUGGGAUGAAAAUAACUGCCAGGGAGACUUUGGGACUCACGAACACAAGAUGGACAAGCCAGGGUCCAAGAGUGAGGAAGAAGUUUCCUCCAUAUAUACUGUUUGUGCUUUGGUGUCAUGGAAAUAAAGUUGUUCUCUGCUGAGCUCUUUCAGGUUUGGCUCUGUGUUACAUAGUCAUCUUUCAGUUGAUACAGCCUAUGCAUAUGACUUCUGUUUGAAGUGUACACUCAGUGUAACAUCAGAAAAAUAACAAGUGAGAAGGCCAUGACAAUAUUUUCAAUGAUCAUAAGCUCUUAUUCCCAAUUCUUCAUUAUUAAUAGGAUUUAAAUACCUUGAAGUACAACAUUUCAACAGAUAAAAGUGUUUACCAAUAAAUAUUGAAUAGCAGAUAAUUGAGUAUAAAUGUUUUGGGUGUGUGAAAGUUCAACAAACCAUCAAACUUUGUCUCUCAAUGACUGUUCUGAGGGAAAUCUAUUAAUUUGGGAAACGUAAGUAUAAAGCCUUUAUCUAGAAAUUGUUAUGUCAAAAGUCUUUAUUUCAUAUGAAUAAAGACAGUGUCAUGAACCAGAUCAGCAUAAGACCAGUUUCUAUGAGGCAGAGGUCAAAUAUAUUUCCACCUUCCCACUUCUCCAUUAUUUCCUUUUCUAUUUCUCUGCUGUGUUCAAUAAUCUGAUGCAGUGGUCACAACUCACAGACUAUACUCAGGAUAUAAUUCUGGAUGCAACUUAGGAUAAACAUCAAAAAACUCAGGGUACAACUCAGGGAGAAAGUGCAUCUCUCCCUUGAUCAAGCAGGGUAGCUUCAGGUAAGCUUUCACUGGAAAGGGUCUUCCUCAAGGCGACUCUCGGGCAGCUCUUCUCUGGACCAGGACU